AUGAAUAAAUUUCAAAGAGACAACUGGAGGAAGUACUCCCUUAAGUUUACAGUAAAGGAUGGUGAGCUGUUUUACUGGCGUGGCAUGACUGUGAUGAUUGACAAUUGGAUUGCUGAGUGUGACCAAUGUCAACGUGAGGGAAAGACUCUGGGUACAGUUGCACCACUCCAAACAAUAAAGGUGUCUGCUGUUUGGGAGCUGCUGGGGAUUGACCUAACUGGGCCCUUCCCCAAAACUACUGAUGGCUAUCAGCAUGGGUGCCCGAAACGGAUCCUGUCUGAUCAAGGGCGGGAUUUUGUAAAUGAGCUCAAUGAUUCUCUGUGCUCUCUGCUGGGCAUUGAGAGAAGCGUCACCGCUGCGUACCACCCACAGACUAAUGGAGCUUUGAUGAAGUUGGUGAAUGAGCAGCAGAACAACUGGGACACAUUCCUUGAUGCCACACUGUUCUCUUUGAGGUCAAAGGUGCACAUCUCAACCAAACACACCCCAUUCCAGUUGAUGUAUGGGCGGGAGGCUGUGUUCCCCUCAGAGGUGCCUGUAGAUUAUCCUCAGGUGGGGGACCAUGACUGUCACCCCCUGCAGGACACUCUGCUCUGGAGAGCAGCUUCAAUUCACCAGGACACUGCCAAAUGUGACAGCUACACACCAAUGGAACUUGAGAGUGAGAAGGCGCUUGACAUACAAACAGAACAGAGCAAUGAGGGUAUGCCCCAUUGGGCAGUCUUUAUUCAAAGUUCCAACCCAAAGUACAACAAAGGAAAGCAAACAGCAAAGCCAACACUUGAGGCUGACCAGGACAGAAAGCCAACGCACUGGCCUUCAGGAUCUGUGAACUCUUCGCGUAUCCUGAGCACAUCACAUGCAGGAAUGACCUGGCUCCCAGUCGUCCCGAGCACCAGCUAA